AUGGGUUCAGGAAAACCAAAGGGUAUCAAUACUGCACGUGAACUUCGCACACGUCGUAGAACUCAGAAAUGGGCAGAUAAACAGUACAAGAGAGCGAACUUAGGUACAAGAUACAAGUCAAACCCAUUUGGAGGUGCUUCUCAUGCCAAGGGAAUUGUUGUGGAGCGUUUUGGUAUAGAGGCAAAGCAGCCAAACUCUGCUGUUCGUAAAUGUGUUCGUGUACAACUCAUUAAGAACGGCAAAAAAAUCACAGCAUUCGUUCCACGUGAUGGUUGUUUGAACUACAUUGACGAAAAUGAUGAAGUACUAGUAGCUGGUUUUGGUCGCAAAGGUCACUCAGUUGGUGAUAUUCCAGGAGUGCGUUUCAAAGCUGUGAAGGUGUCCGGAGUAUCAUUGCUUGCAUUGUUCAAGGAAAAGAAGGAAAAACCUAGAUCUUAA